AAGAAUAAAAGAAUCAGGAAAAGCUGGAGAUAAAGGAUAUUCAGUAUCCAAACCAGGAAAUCGACAAAAAAAGGAAAUGCACAAUUUUGAGGAUGAGUUAACAUGUCCCAUUUGUUACAGUAUUUUUGAAGAUCCUCGUGUAUUACCAUGUUCUCAUACAUUUUGUAGAAACUGUUUGGAAAAUGUUCUUCAGGCAUCUGGUAAUUUUUAUAUAUGGAGACCUUUGCGAAUUCCACUCAAGUGUCCUAACUGCAGAAGUAUUAUUGAAAUUGCUCCAAGUGGUAUUGAAUCUUUACCUGUUAAUUUUGCAUUAAGGGCUAUCAUUGAAAAAUAUCAGCAGGAAGAGCAUCCAGAUAUUGUCACCUGCCCUGAACACUAUAGGCAACCAUUGAAUGUUUAUUGUCUUCUGGAUAAAAAAUUAGUUUGUGGUCAUUGCCUAACUAUAGGUCAACAUCAUGGUCAUCCUAUAGAUGACCUUCAGAGUGCCUAUCUGAAAGAAAAAGACACACCGCGAAGAUUGCUUAAACAACUUACUGAUGCACACUGGACAGAUAUUACUCGUCUUAUCGAAAAGCUAGAAGAACAGAAAUCUCAUUCAGAGAAAAUGGUCCAAGGUGACAAGGAAAUUGUUCUCCAGUAUUUUAAGGAGCUUACUGAUACAUUAGAACAGAAAAAGAAGAACUUCCUAACUGCUCUCUGUGAUGUUGGCAAUAUGAUGAGUCAAGAAUAUACUCCACAGAUUGAAAGACUAAAGGAAAUACGAGAGCAGCAGCUUGAAUUGGUUACCAUGACCACGUCUUUACAAGAAGAAUCUCCACUUAAAUUUCUAGAAAAAAUUGAUGAUGUUCGCCAGCGUGUGCAGAUGCUAAAAGAAAGACCACUUCCUGAUGUCCAACCUGUUGAAAUUCAACCUCGGGUAAGCAAAGUAUUAAAAGAAGAAUGGAGCAGAACGGAAAUAGGAAAAAUUAAGAAAGCUUUUAUUCCUGAAAUGAAGAUUUCUUCAAGAAGGGUGCCCUGUUCCUGGCCUGAGAAAGAUGAAAAAGAGAUUGAGCUUUUUAAGAUUUUAAAUAUUGCUAUAGUCACGCUUAUUUCAGUGAUAUUAAUGUUGAUACUCCUUUUCAACCAUCACAUAAUAACCUUCUUAAAUGAAAUCACUUCAAUAUGUUUUUCUGAAGUCUCUUUGUCUGUUUACCAAAGCUUAUCUAGCAAGUUGCAUGAUUUACAAAAUAUACUCUGUCACACUUUUUAUUUUUUGAAGGAAUUUACGUGGGAAAUAGUUUAUCGUUGAAAAUGUAAAUCUGAAUUGUGAAGUGAGUUUGGGGGACAGCAGAGGCUAACCACUGCUAAUGGAGACUAGGGUAGCUAAAGUAGCAAACUAAACUUUAGUAGACUUGCAACAAAUAUAAAUAUAUAGAAAUAUA